AUGUCUGCCAACGAAGUUUAUCGUUACUACUACAAAACCUCAGAGGAUUUACAAACUUUCAAGGGUACUAGCACGGAGACCUAUUUCAAUCCCAUGGCUGUGUAUAAUCCUCCCCAGCUGACUCAACAGCCGGGACAUUUGCCUCAACAUUUCCAGGUGGCGCCCAAUACCAUCACCGCGACUAGCAACCAAUAUUUGAAUACCCAUGGAUAUUUGAAUUUUGAACAGGCCUCCUCCGAUGGUUGGCUAACCUCUUCACCAGCUUCACAUCGUUCGGAAAGUCCUGAAUUUGUGGAUCUCAAUGUUAUCUAUGGCAGUGCUAAUAUGCCUCAACAGCAUCAUCAGCACCAAAUGAUGCAAUAUCCCCUAAUGACCGCCGAACAAAUUGCUCCACUACAACAUCAACAGCAACAACAACACCAACAAAUUUCCCCAGUUCCAUGUGAAACACCCAGCAUCACUGUGCCUGAAACUUGUGUGCCCAUGGGUUCCUCCAAUGUGGGCACCUGCAAAACCGUGAAACCCGCCACCAAACCCAAAAGGACCUACACCCGCAAACAAAAAACCCAGCUAGCUGCAGUUGCCAACAACACCCCCGCACCAAUUAAUCCUCAACCCACUCCCGCUCCCCUGACCACCUACACCCCUGAUGAUUUCCAACAAUUUGUGGAUUUCGACAAUGCUGGUGGUCUCUUCGAGGAUAGCGUUGAUGCCGAUGAUCACCUCAUGUUUUUCGAUGCUGACGGCCAUAGCUCGUCGCAGGAUGAUUUUGAAGCCAGUGGCUCUUUUGAUUUCCACGAUCAAGAUGAUUCAGCCAGUUCGGCCCACAAUGAAUCGGACCCCAAUGAAACCCAAGCAAAUGGCAAAAGACGUCGUGGCAAACAAAUCUCACCCGUUGUUAAGCGUAAACGUCGUUUGGCCGCCAAUGCCCGUGAACGUCGUCGCAUGCAAAAUCUCAAUCAAGCUUUCGAUCGUCUGCGCCAGUACCUACCCUGCCUGGGCAAUGAUCGCCAACUAUCCAAACAUGAAACUCUACAAAUGGCCCAGACCUACAUUGCCGCCCUGGGUGAUUUACUGCGUUAA